AUGCCCAAGUCCGCCCACUCCGUCGAAGGCGCCACCGUGGAGGACCACGCCGCCAUGAAGAAGCAGUGGCAGACCAACCUAGAGAUCGACCUGCUCAAGAGCGCCUGGAUCCGUAAGGACCGCGAGCAGCACGGCGCGCACUCGGCGCCCCCGCUCUCGGCCGCCAAGUGA